UAAGAAUUGUGGUGCUCUGAGGAGAAAGAAAAGGAAUUCCGGGAGGAGAUGGGGUUCUGUGAGGAGAGUUUUGCGACCUGAGGGUUCCUUUACAGUUGGGGCGAUCCCUAGCUACUUAACAGUUCCGUGAGGAGGUGGGGGGUCCUUAGGAGAUGCGGGGUUUCAUGGCGGAGGUGAGCUUUCUUGAGGAGCUGGGUAGAGGGUUUCAGUGAAGAAAGUUCCAUGAGAAAAGGAGACUCCUGACGUGAAAAGGGGUCUCUGAGGGCCAAAGGGGCACCUUUAGGAAGAGGCCAGAAGAGAAUGUUCUUUGCCGACCUUUCACACAGACUCAGUCACUGCCUCUUGAGACCUCUAACUUGGAAACUGAGCAACUCUUGAAAGGCAGUAAAUGGUCUAGUUCCAUCUUGGGGUUCCCAGAUCCAUUUUUUAGUAUAUCAGCAAUUCCAGUGAAAUCAUUCAAUAUAAGGCUGAAGAAGUCACUUAAAUGUCAAGGUUUGUUUAUUUGCUUGUUUGUUUUUGGUACCGGGAUUGAACUCAGGACCUUGAGCUUUCGAGGCAGGGAGGCUGGCUCGGCAGGGAGGCAGGCGAGGGAGGCCACUGAGCUAAAUCCCUAGCUAAAUGUCAAGUUUUUAAAAAUAAGUUUUUCCAGUACUGCGGAUCAAACAAGCCGAAGGUCCCAUACAUUAGAGUUUUGGGGAGAUAUUGCCAAGGAAUUUUAUUGGAAGACCCCAUGUCUCGGCCCAUUCCUGCAGUAUAACUUUGAUGUGACUAAAGGAAAAAUCUUCAUUGAAUGGAUGAAAGGAGCAACUACCAAUAUCUGCUACAAUGUACUGGAUCGAAAUGUCCAUGAGAAGAAACUUGGAGAUAAAGUUGCUUUUUACUGGGAGGGCAAUGAGCCAGGAGAGACCACCCAGAUCACAUACCGUGAACUUCUGGUCCAAGUGUGUCAGUUCAGCAAUGUUCUCCGUAAACAGGGCAUUCAGAAGGGUGACCGGGUGGCCAUCUACAUGCCCAUGAUCUUGGAGCUCGUGGUAGCAAUGCUGGCCUGUGCCCGUCUUGGGGCUUUGCACUCCAUUGUGUUUGCAGGAUUCUCUGCAGAGUCCCUAUGUGAACGGAUCCUGGAUUCCAGUUGUAGCCUUCUCAUCACUGCAGAUGCCUUCUACAGGGGGGAAAAACUUGUAAACCUGAAGGAGCUGGCUGACGAGUCACUGGAGAAGUGUCGGGAGAAGGGUUUCCCAGUGAGAUGCUGCAUUGUGGUCAAGCACUUGGGGCGAGCAGAGCUUGGCAUGAGUGACUCUCCCAGCCAAUCUCCCCCAAUGAAGAGGCCAUGCCCGGAUGUCCAGAUCCCCUGGAACCAAGGGGUUGACUUGUGGUGGCAUGAACUCAUGAAAGAGGCAGGGGAUGAGUUUGAGCCGGAGUGGUGUGAUGCUGAGGACCCACUCUUCAUCCUGUACACCAGUGGCUCCACAGGCAAACCCAAGGGCGUGGUGCACACAGUUGGGGGCUAUAUGCUGUAUGUGGCUACAACUUUCAAGUAUGUGUUUGACUUCCACCCGGAGGAUGUGUUUUGGUGCACAGCAGACAUUGGUUGGAUCACUGGCCAUUCCUACAUCACCUAUGGGCCACUGGCAAAUGGUGCCACCAGUGUUUUGUUUGAGGGGAUCCCCACAUACCCAGAUGUGAGCCGCCUGUGGAGCAUUGUGGACAAAUACAAGGUGACCAAGUUCUACACAGCACCCACGGCCAUCCGUCUGCUCAUGAAGUUUGGAGAUGAGCCUGUCACCAAGCAUAGCCGGGCAUCCUUACAGGUUCUAGGUACCGUGGGUGAACCCAUCAACCCCGAGGCCUGGCUAUGGUACCACCAGGUGGUAGGUGCCCAGCACUGCCCCAUCGUGGACACCUUUUGGCAAACAGAGACAGGUGGCCACAUGCUGACCCCCCUCCCUGGUGCCACACCCAUGAAACCUGGCUCUGCUUCCUUUCCAUUCUUUGGUGUAGCUCCUGCAAUCCUGAAUGAGUCUGGGGAAGAGUUGGAAGGUGAAGCUGAAGGUUACCUGGUGUUCAAGCAGCCCUGGCCAGGGAUCAUGCGCACAGUAUAUGGAAACCACCCACGGUUUGAGACCACCUACUUUAAGAAGUUUCCUGGUUACUACGUGACAGGAGAUGGAUGCCGACGGGACCAGGAUGGCUAUUAUUGGAUCACUGGCAGGAUUGAUGACAUGCUCAAUGUAUCUGGACACCUGCUCAGUACUGCAGAGGUGGAGUCAGCACUUGUGGAACAUGAAGCUAUUGCAGAGGCAGCUGUAGUGGGCCACCCUCAUCCUGUGAAGGGCGAAUGCCUCUACUGUUUUGUCACCCUGUGUGAUGGACACACUUUCAGUCCUACCCUCACUGAGGAGCUCAAGAAGCAGAUUAGAGAAAAGAUUGGCCCCAUUGCCACACCAGACUACAUCCAGAAUGCACCUGGCUUGCCUAAAACACGUUCAGGUAAAAUUAUGAGGCGAGUGCUUCGGAAGAUUGCUCAGAAUGACCAUGACCUGGGGGACACAUCUACAGUGGCUGACCCAUCUGUCAUCAGUCACCUCUUCAAUCACCGCUGCCUGACCAUCUAGUGAACAAGACUCUGUCCUUUACCCAAGGUUCUCCUUGCCUGGCUUUCCAGAGUUCUCCUCAUCCUCCCUGCCCCCCAUCCAGGAGUACCAAAGGCCAGUGCUGACCUGUACUUUGUCCCUGAGUGGAGGGUUUUCUGUGACUUCCAGGCAGAAGGGACAAGGCCCAGGUCAGCCCAGACUGAUAUGGGCCCAGAUUGCAAAGAGCUCGCCGAGCCCAGAACAGAAACCUGAAUGCCACGUCCCCAAACCAGGUUAGGUGUUCAGAGGGCAUGUGAGGGCCUAGACUGAAGCAGGGGGCCAACCUUGUAAUCCUCAGUCAGUUCUCACAGGAAGUACAAGUACUUAUCUUUUUUUUUUUUUUUUGGUACCUGGGAUCGAACUUGGGUCUUUGCGCUUGCACAGCAGGCAGCGAAACCACUGAGCUAAAUCCCUACCAGUACUUAUCUUAACCAUGCAUUUGCCUUAGAAAUGACAAGUUUGUGAAUCCAGAAAUAAUUAUUAUUUUUUAAAAAUUUUGUUACUUCUGUUCUGUGUCUGAAUUCCCUGCCAGAUGGCCAUCCUGGCUGCCCAUGUGCUCCAGGGGCUAUGCAGGUAUGUUCAGUUCUGAGGGAUUUCAGAUCAUUGGCUUCUAUGAAGGAGUAUUUAUGUUUUGUUCCUUGGACCAGAGGAGCCUGUCUUGUCCUUUUCCCUCCUACCUGCCCCCAGGGACAGAGCCCUGCCCAUGACAGACACUCUCAGAUGAGACUCUCUUUUCUUUCCCAAGUCAUGCUUAAGCCUCAUGGUUGUAGGAAUAAAGUCUGUGACCUUCAGAA